AUGCCAAUUACGAUCGCGUCGUACGGACCGGAUGUGGCCCGAGCUAAGAAAUACGUCUAUUUGUCCGGGGCCGCCUACUGUUUCGACAUUCCCGCCUGGACGUGUCCGUACUGUGAGAAAGCGAAGAGUUUUGGGUAUGAAUUCGACUCGCUGAUUGUCAACAAGGAGGCCAACACGCUGGCUUUUAUCGCGGUUAACAAGGAGCUCAAGGAGAUCGUGGUUUCGUAUCGUGGAACGCUAAAUGUCGCGAACGUGGUGCAUGAUAUCCACCCUUCCGUCGUGAGCAUUGAGGCGGGUUCCAGUGCUCUCGAGAGGGGGAAGAAGAGUAAAGGACCGGAAAUAUGGGUCCACACGGGCAUGAUUAACGCGACUAACUCCCUCUACCCGGAAGUUGUGGAAAAAUUGGGAAAGGUUUUAAAAGAGAAUGAAGACUUUGAUGUGGUGGUGAUAGGACACAGCCUCGGCGCGUCCGCAGCGUCUUUAACCCUGUUCCUGCUAAAAGAAGGCCACGGACUUCCCAAAGAUUUUCCUAAACCGAAAUCCUACGCCUAUUUCGGCUACGGCACCCCCCGCAUAGGAAACCAGGCCUACGCGGACUACUGGAACGCUCAAGAAAUGCAAAUUACCCGGGUCGUAAAUAAGGCGGAUUUCGCCGCGUAUACGCCCCAAGCUCUGGGUGGGUAUGUCCACAACGGGAACGAAUUAUGGCUCGGGCCAAACGGAGAAGAGAAAGUGUGUUCCAAGGAGGUUUACGAAGAUCUAAGUUGUGCCAACUCCAUGGCCGCCUUGUCGAAUGUGCACGACCAUUUGCAGUACUGGGAUGUCCACUUUUUGUCCUGCGCAGGCGCAGACCCGGUCGCCACGGUUUUAGAGAACAAUUAA